GCAGUGUCCUCCAGACCAGACAGCCUCAGUCAGCCCGUCUGGCAGCACCUACCAGGAGUAUCAGCAGUAUCAUCAUCUCUAUCCUUAGGUUAGUCGGCGAGCAAAGGGAAAGUUUGCAGCCAGAAGUUUAAUGCGCUGCUCGACAUGCCACCCCAGAUGGAUUACUUUUACCACGAGUCCCGAGUCCCUUCAGCUUGCGGGCUUACCCGGGAGGAUGAGCUGGACCCCGAGGUGAUCAGCUGCAUGCUGGUGGGAGAUGGAGCCGUGGGGAAGACCAGCAUGAUAGUCAGCUACAUCUCCAAUGGAUACCCGGCAGAGUACCAGCAGACAGGGUUUGAUGUUUUCUCCGGUCAGGUCCAAGUUGAAGGAUCGCCAGUCAAAAUCCAACUUAUGGACACUGCUGGACAGGAAGAGUUUGAUGAAUUCCGGGCUCUGUCCUACGCACACACGGAUGUCUUCCUCCUGUGCUUCAGCAUGGUCAACCCCUCUUCGUUUCACAACAUCACCAAGAAGUGGGUCCCGGAGAUCCGAGCCCACAACCCUUCCGCGCCCAUCAUUCUCGUCGGGACUCAGUUGGACCUGAUGCUGGACGUGAACGUCCUCAUCAACCUGGACCGAUCUAACGUUAAGCCGGUGCCGAGUGCUCGGGCCCGAAGCAUGGCGGACAAGAUUAGGGCGACAGACUUCGUGGAGUGCUCGUCCCUCACGCAGAAGAACUUAAAAGAGGCGUUUGACGCGGCUAUCUUUGCUGCGAUUAAGAACAAAGCCCGCAAGAGCAAGAAACGAAGGUUUUCUGACAGGCGCACCAAAGCUUUCUCCAGGUGCAGCUGGAAGAAGUUCUUCUGCUUCAUCUGAACUCUUAUUGUUAACCCCGUGGGUUAUUGUCAAUGAGUUUAAUUUAUUUGAAAAUGUUCCUUUCACUUCCAUCAAAUAUCACAUCUUUCACAUCGUUUUAUGUUUCAAUAUUUGGCUUGUUUUGCUUUGCUGUGGAAAAGGAAAAUGUACUGGGAAACAACAUCAAGAGGAUUCUGGGUAACUGGUUAUUUUCAGAGCCUUUCAAAAAAACUGAUGCAUAUUAAAAUGCUUCUUCCAGGGCUUCGGGGAAAAAAUCGUAAAGAAAAACAACAUGUGCAUGUUAUGUUACCAUACUACUGUUACUUGAGAUGACAGCGUAGUAACUUCAGACUUCAAGCGAUGCAAAAAUAUUAACUUGCUGAACGCAGCCAGCAAGAAAAACAGCCAGACCAAUAUGUAAAGGCCUUGAAUUUGCAUGCUGUGCUUCACCACCAGCUUCAGACUUCAAUGUAAGUAAGGGGAGAAACAGAAAGUGUCAGAACUCUAUUUGACCAGAUGGGUGUUGUUUUCUCGUCGUGUCGCUGCACCAGCCUAUUUAUAUGCAGCAGCUGCAUGUUCAGGUUGCAGUGUGAAGUGCUGCAUUCUUACCUCCUUGUGAAAGCUUCCCCGGCUGGUUUGGUUGCGUAUUUUCCCGUCUAUGAGCAAGCAAACUUACAAUUUGAUCAGGGGUGGCUUUUAUUCUUUAGAAUGCUUAGAAGGCGUUUGUCAAUGACAUUGUUAGAAAGACAUUUCUUUCCAAUGACUUACCGGUAACCUUUCAGAUCAGGUAGGAACUGAAAGGUUGUUAGAUUAUCUUCUUCCCUAAGGUAAAAAGUUGCAGGAGAGCAAUAACUUUUGGCUUUUUGUACUCCACUCUCAUCACUCUGCAUCUGUAAAAGGCAAGCUCCGCAGGAGUCUGCAGAUCCUCCUGCCUUGAUUAUCAGGCAGGCUUUCUUAUUCACCCCUCUUUGUUUACACGCUCAGUGUACCCUGAUGUCCUGGAAACCCCAGGGAGCACAGACUAGAAGGAUGCCGAGCAGCCGCUGUGUGAAAGUUACAUUUGGUAUUCCAGUGCAUUGAUAUGUGAUGUUUUUGAAAGUGUAUGGGUUUUUAACUAUGCUUCUUGUGGAAGUCAACUUCUCUGUUUAUUAAAACAGACGUGUUCACGAAAUAUCCGAUAGGACUUGAGUUUAAACAUCCUUAUUGUGUCCCCACAAACUGUUUUGUUACACGCUUAACAUUGUUGCCAAUGAUCUAAACAUGUUCUGCUCUCACUUGUGUGGCUUUUUGCGUGGUGGGUUUGAUGUAAAUAAAG